AAGAAUAAGAUUUGGGCGCACGCGCAGUGGCCCAGUAGUGUGUUGUAGCCAAGUAGACGGUAGCGGUUCAAAGUACGUGGCAGAAAGCUUUCAAUAUGGAGAUAGCCGCACUUGUCGCCUUGACUGUGUUGCUGGGUGCGCUGGUUGUCUUAGUCGCGUUGGCGGUGGGCAGACGGAAAGAAGAAAUCCGAGAGGAACUGGAGCAGGCAGCGGAGUUUGCCGCUGAAGGCAGCGCCGUGAAGGGCCCAGCGUCCAAGAGGCAGAAGCAGGAGAAGCAGCGCAACCGGAAGGAAAAAGCUUCACAGCACAGUUUCAGUCAUCCGCUGCUGGCUGCUUCACUGAAGAGCCACAGUGGGAACGUGACCUGCCUCGAUUUCAGCAGCAAUGGGAAGUACCUGGCGUCAUGUGCCGACGACCGCACUGUGCGGAUCUGGAGCACCAAAGACUUCCUGGAUCGGGAACACAAGUGUCUGAGGGCCAACGUGGAGCUGGACCAUGCCACACUAGUCCGCUUCAGCCCAGACUCCAGGGCGUUUAUCACCUGGCUGGCGAAUGGAGACGCCAUCCGAAUCUUUAAAAUGGUGAAAAAGGAGGACGGCACUUUAAGCUUCAAAGCUGCCCCUGAGGACUUUCCACAGAAACACAAGGCCGCCAUCCUCAACAUUGGCAUUGCAGAAACAGGCAAGUUCAUCAUGAGCGCCUCCACCGACACCAGCAUCCACAUCUGGGACCUGAAAGGAGAGGUACUGGCCUCCAUCAACACUAACCAGAUAACCAAUUCUUAUGCUGCCAUCUCCCCAUGUGGCAGGUUUGUAGCAUCAUGUGGCUUCACUCCUGAUGUGAAGGUGUGGGAGGUCUGCUUCGGGAAGGGAGGAGAAUUCAAAGAGGUGGUGCGAGCUUUUGAUUUGAAGGGCCACUCUGCAGGAGUUCACUCGUUCGCCUUUUCCAAUGACUCUCACAGAAUGGUGACUGUCUCCAAAGAUGGUACGUGGAAGCUGUGGAAUACAGACGUGGAGUACAAAAAGCAGCAGGAUCCCUACCUCCUGAAGACCGUGCCCUGUGCAUCAUCUGAAGGUAGCCGCGUGGCCUUGUCUCCAGACGGCCGGGUGGUGGCCAUCAGUGACGGCUCCAAUGUGGCUUUGUACGAUGCUGCCAGUGGCCAACAGGAAGAGGAGCUGCAUGGCAUCCACAGUGGGGAGAUCACCGACCUCAGAUUUGACAUUAACGGGCGCUUCUUGGUGUGCAGCGGCGACAAGGCCAUCCGAGUGUUUCAUAAUGCCCCGGGCUACCGGGCAGCCAUCAGAGACAUGCAGGACAUGCUGAAGAAGGCCCAGAACGAGGGCAUGAAGCAGAGACUGCAGCAGCAGAUCAAAGAGGCUCAGAACACCCUGGACACUGUGCUGGCAGGUUCCGUUGAGUGAAAGAAAUCCAACAAACCAUAAUGUGAUUGCGAUGUCUGACUCUGACGCCUUUCUGCAACCUCAGCUCUCCCUCUGCCGAUAAAUCUGGCCAUGGCAUAACGGAAUUUGCAUGCAGUUUUAAUAAAGAAUCUUUUUAUGCAAAA